AUGGCUGCAAUGGAGAGCCCUAGACGUAUACGACCUGCACCGGCUUCUUUAAAAGCUGCCAUAUGGCAGCAUUUUGGAUUUUAUGAGAUUGACGGCAAGAUGGACAAGACUUACACCAUCUGUAAGGUCUGUAGAAGUAAAAUAAAAUACUUCGGAAACACAACAAAUCUGCAUAGCCACAUUUCCCGACACCACUCAGAGUUGGGAGGAAAAAAGGCACCCAUUCCUGAUAGCAGCCAGAUGACGAUCGAACAGGCACUGGUACAACUGCCACCCAACUCAGAGAGGGCCAAACGGAUUACGAAAUCCAUUGCCAGAUUUAUUGCAGUGGAUUUAAGGCCGUAUUCAGUUGUGGAGAACGUGGGUUUUCAGGGAAUGGUGAAUACACUGGAUCCGAAGUACAAAAUACCUUCUCGGCGUUACUUCACCGACACAGCUAUACCAACGCUGUACAGUGAGACCAAAGCGAAAGUUUUGGACACUUUGAUGGAAGCGGGUAGGGUGGCGUUAACAUGCGACGCAUGGACAUCAAUAGCCACGGUGUCCUACGUGACCAUAACUGCGCAUUUCAUUAACAAAGAUUGGCAGCUUGUGUCCCUUGUGCUCCAAACAAGAGCAAUGUAUGAGAGUCACACGGGUGCAAACGUGGCUGACUUGUUAAAGAGGGUAGCAGAGGAAUGGCAUCUGAAUGACGUCGUUUUAGUCACAGACAAUGCUGCCAAUAUGGUUGUUGCAGCCCAACUUGGUGGACUUGUGCAUGUGCGAUGCUACGCCCACACCUUAAACCUGGCUUGUCAGCGAGCGCUCAAGCUGCCAUCUGUGUCCAGGCUCCUGGCUAGGAUUAGACGAAUUGUUUCGUUUUUCCACCGGAGCACCGUCGGCGCAUACGAGCUAGGAGAAAAGCAGAAGCUGCUGGGUCUGCCAUGCCACAAACUCAUAACAGACGUCAGCACCCGAUGGAACAGUGCCUUUGAGAUGGUGGAUCGUUUUUUGGAACAGCAGCCUGCUAUCUGCGCCACUUUACUCUCUCCCCAGGUGAGGAAAGGAGAAUCUGAUCUCUGUACUCUCAAUGAGACCGAUGUCUCCAACGCAGAGGAUUUAGUUAAGGCCCUCAAGCCAAUGAAAGAUGUUACUACACUUAUAUCAGAGGAGAGUAGCCCCACUGUGUGUUUGAUUGCCCCACUGCAAGCUCAACUCUGCCAGGAAACGACGGGCAACAUUGCAGAGUCAUCAAUUAUCCGCGAUAUAAAGAAGGCCAUCAAUGAGGACCUCAGCAAAAGGUACACGUCUGACCUAGAGAGAAGAACACUUCGUUCAGCUUCCGCUCUGGACCCGAGAUUUAAGGGACUGCCUUUCCUUUCUGAAGAGGAUAUAGUGGACACAUUUGGAAGAGUUGUUGCUGAAGCUGCAUCACUUGAGCAACAGGUAAGAGUGGAAGAAGAUGAAAGCCAACACAACACAGAGGGCACCCACCCUACAGAGGAGCAGAACCAAAGCUCCUCCCCUCCCAAGAGAAGAGUUGCCCCCUCUUUGCAAUUCCCCUCUCCUCCUAAGAGAAGAGCUCCAUCCUCUUUGUUGGAGAAUCUGCUGGGGAAUACCUUCCCUAUUGCAACAGCUCAGCAGCCCAUCUCUGCCUAUGCUAAAGCUGAGGAGGAGGUUACCAAGUUCCGUGGUGCUCCACCAAUUCCUCUGUCUGAGGACCCUCUCAGCUGGUGGAGAAAAAAUGAUGUGAUGUAUCCCUUGCUUUCCAAGUUGGGCAAGCGAUACUUCUGUAUUCCGGCCACCAGUGUCUCUGCAGAAAGAGUGUUCUCUACUGCAGGGGAUAUUGUGACUGCCCAGCGGAGCACACUCACACCAGAGCAUGUCGACCAGCUCCUGUUCUUACACAAGAACUUGCAUAUUCCAUGA